CCUAGAACUAAAAAACAAAUGCUUUACUUUCUCCGUCUAUUUCGUGACAAAUUAUGCAAAAAAUAAUAUAUAUAAAAAAGGGUAUCUUUUGGAUGGAUGUACAAUAUUUACACAUAUGCAUAGAGAGAGAGAGAGAGAGAGAGAGUAAACGAAGGAGAAAGAGAGAGAUUUAUAAUGGGAAGGAAAAUAGAAAAUAAAAAAAAAGGAAAACAGGGAGCUUCCUCGUGAUCUGUGAAGAGUCUUACGUGAAAACCCAGAUUGCCUUAAAGCCUUCUUUUAAAGCCUUUGGAGAAAGCCUUCGUUCCUUGUUCUUUGGUCUUCUUCUUCCUUGGACACCCAAUUAUUGCUCACAUUCUUUAAAAAGCUUAGUUCCUUUUGGAGAGGGAGGAGGAAAAGAAAAUUUGUUUUUGGAGGAAAAAACGGAAAAAAGGAAAGGAUUUUUGGGACUCUGGGGAAAUGAUGUUGUGAUGUUUUCCUUUUUGGGAAAUUUGUUUCCUUGAGCUUUUGUAUGAAGAAAAAGCUUCAUUCAAAGGGUUGUUGAGCUGUCAUAGCUUAAAGCUUUUUAUUCAAUGGGGAAAUAUUUGUGACAAUAAUGGAUCCUCAGGCUUUCAUCAGGUUGUCAAUAGGCUCACUGGGUCUGAGGAUUCCUGGAUCAGCCCUGAAUUCUUCAAAAGCUGGAAUUCAUGCAUUCUCUUCCCCAUGUUCCUGUGAAAUACGACUCCGAGGUUUCCCUGUGCAAACAACAUUGAUUCCCUUAGUAUCCUCACCUGAAGCUACACCUGAUAUUCACAGCAUUGCCUCUAGCUUUUAUCUAGAAGACUCUGAUGUGAAGGCUUUGCUGACACCUGGCUGUUUCUAUAACCCCCAUGCAUAUCUGGAGAUUACCGUUUUCACAGGGAGGAAGGGGUCACAUUGUGGUGUUGGAGUCAAGAGACAGCAGAUUGGAACAUUCAAGUUAGAGGUGGGUCCUGAAUGGGGUGAAGGAAAGCCAGUGAUUCUUUUCAAUGGAUGGAUUGGCAUUGGCAAAAACAAGCAUGAGAAUGGAAAACCAGGAGCAGAACUUCAUUUGAGAGUAAAACUGGAUCCUGAUCCAAGAUAUGUAUUCCAGUUUGAAGAUGUGACCAUGCUGAGUCCUCAGAUAGUACAGCUUCAAGGCUCCAUCAAACAACCAAUUUUCAGUUGCAAAUUUAGUCGAGACAGGGUAGCACAAGUGGACCCAUUAAGCACUUACUGGUCAGGUUCUGCUGACAGUUUAGACAUAGAGACAGAGAGAAGAGAGAGGAAAGGAUGGAAGGUCAAGAUACACGAUCUCUCUGGCUCAGCUGUUGCGGCAGCCUUCAUAACCACUCCCUUUGUGCCAUCAACAGGUUGUGAUUGGGUUGCCAGGUCCAACCCAGGAGCUUGGUUGAUUGUUCGUCCAGAUAUUUGCAGGCCAGAAAGCUGGUUGCCUUGGGGAAAGCUUGAGGCGUGGCGUGAGCGUGGCAUUAGAGACUCUAUAUGCUGCCGAUUUCACCUCCUGUCUGAAGCCCAGGAUGGAGCAGAGGUUCUCAUGUCCGAGAUACUUAUUAGUGCUGAAAAGGGUGGGGAAUUUUUCAUCGAUACGGACAGACAAAUGCGGCAGGCACCAACUCCAAUACCAAGUCCACAAAGCAGUGGAGACUUUUCAGCAUUAAGUCCAAUUGCUGGUGGCUUCGUAAUGAGCUGCAGAGUCCAAGGGGAAGGUAAGAGCAGCAAGCCAUUAGUGCAACUGGCCAUGCGGCAUGUGACAUGUGUGGAGGAUGCUGCCAUCUUCAUGGCACUUGCAGCAGCUGUUGACCUCAGCAUUGAGGCAUGCAAGCCUUUCCGAAGAAGGAUAAGGAGAGGGAUCUUCUGGUUUCGACUGUUCAAAAAUUGUUCAACACAUUUAUGGUGUCAGUACAGCCUACAUGACACCUAUCUAUCCAGUCUUCUGGCUGGGGCCUUUGUACAGCUGGUGAGGUUAUUCUGUUUUUCAGUUCUGAUAGGCUUGGGGGAGAUUGAAUUUUUACCUCCCUUCACCCUCACUGAAUUACCUCCUUGGGAUGAUUGGUAGAUUUCUAGCUUUAGACUUAACCAAAGUCUAGUCUGCACCUUUGGCUGUCAUUAGUGUCAUGAUGUUUCACUGCCAAUGGUUAAAGCUUGAACCCCACUUCCACUGGUUAUAAUUGCCACUAUUGUGUGAUGAAACACUGGCAUUAUGGCACCUGAGUCAGAUUAGGUGGCUGAGACAAUUGACUCUUUCACCGGUCAUGCAACCAAAUGCGUGUACCAAUUUCCGAUUGUCGCUCACUAACGAAACAUAACAUAGCAAACCUAGAUCUAGGAGUUUUAUAUUAUAUCUAAUCUGAUUCAUUGAAAGCCUUGGGCUUGUACAAGGUUCUCAACGAGGCUUUGAACGCAUAAUGUGGAGCAAAAACCUUGUUUCCUGUUGAUGCGUUGAGAAGUUAAUUUUUUGUUAUAUCUAUGGAUGAAUGGCCAUUAUGACACAACAUAGCAAACUGUUUGUAAUGGUCAAGUUACCAUCUCAUUUGGAUUGUCGAAUAAGUUGCUGUUUGCAGAGUGGUUGGGUUUGAAAACUUCAUGGAGAAGACGGAAAAUGUACGAGUUUUAAGGAAGCUGAGAGGGAAAACAAUUCUGGGCUCCGCAUUAAUGAAUAAGAUGGUAUGAGGGUCAAAAGAUGUUCCUCCCAUUAAAAUGCCAGAAGCCUAGGUGCAUCCCUUCCAAGAUAUUGAGCAUAAUACCAAGUAUAUGUGUUACCUUUAAAACAUACAA